ACAGGCAGGAAUUUCUAGAGGUGUGGACACCCAGCAUAAAUACUAAUGCGAUCAACAUUGUAGCUGGCGACUUCAAUACGAAUCUGAAUCCAUCAGACAAUAGAAUUAGUCAAUCACAAAGUCAUUAUGACCCGACCAGGAAUAAAUUGCAAGAACUCAUGGAAGGUUUUACAGAUACGGCAUAUGUAAGCAAAACAAAACCCUUUGUCACCUACUACCAAACAGUAAGAAAUGGACGUUCUAUGGCCACAAGAUUAGAUUACAUUUUCCUUGACAAUGACAAUAUACAGAUGUGCAAAAAAUCAGAGACUAA